UCGCCGCCGCCGGCCGAUCUCAGCCGAGCGGAUCCGAGAGGCACCGAGGCCCGCGUAGUAGCGGUACUGAUCAGAGGCUACCGGACGCGCCCCACCCGGCAUCAGGCGGAGCCAGAGAUGCUGGCCGGAGCCGAGCGGCCCCGCCCGGGCCCCCGGCCGCCUCCGAUCUCGCCCUUCUCAGCGCUGCCACCGUCGCUGCUGCUGCUGCUGCUGGCGAUGCUGAGCGCCCCGGUGUGGGGCCGCGUCCCCCGCUCGGUGCCCAGAACCUCGCUGCCCAUCUCUGAGGCUGACUCCUAUCUCACACGGUUUGCCGCCCCUCGCACAUACAAUUACUCUGCUCUCCUCGUGGACCCUGCUUCUCAUACACUUUAUGUCGGAGCUCGGGACAGCAUCUUCGCUUUAACCCUGCCCUUCUCAGGGGAAAGACCCCGCAGGAUUGACUGGAUGGUGCCUGAGGCGCACAGACAGAACUGUAGGAAAAAAGGCAAGAAAGAGGACGAAUGUCACAAUUUUAUCCAGAUUCUCGCCAUUGCCAAUGCCUCUCACCUCUUCACUUGUGGCACCUUCGCCUUUGAUCCGAAGUGCGGGGUUAUUGAUGUGUCCAGUUUCCAGCAGGUUGAAAGACUUGAGAGUGGCCGGGGGAAAUGUCCUUUUGAGCCAGCUCAACGGUCAGCAGCUGUAAUGGCUGGGGGCGUCCUCUACACUGCCACUGUGAAAAACUUCCUGGGCACAGAGCCGAUCAUCUCCCGAGCCGUGGGUCGUGCUGAGGACUGGAUUCGAACAGAGACCUUGUCAUCCUGGCUUAAUGCCCCAGCCUUUGUCGCUGCUAUGGUCCUGAGCCCGGCUGAGUGGGGGGAUGAAGGUGGAGAUGAUGAAAUUUUCUUCUUCUUCACGGAGACCUCCCGAGUGCUGAACUCCUAUGAGCGCAUCAAGGUCCCGCGGGUGGCCCGAGUGUGUGCGGGGGACCUAGGGGGCCGGAAGACCCUUCAACAGAGAUGGACAACAUUUCUAAAGGCCGACCUGCUGUGUCCAGGGCCUGAGCAUGGCCAGGCCUCCGGGGUCCUGCAGGAUAUGACAGAGCUCCGACCUCAGCCAGGAGUGGGGACUCCCGUCUUCUACGGCAUCUUUUCCUCUCAGUGGGAAGGAGCUGCCAUCUCUGCUGUGUGUGCCUUCCGACCCCAAGAUAUUCGGGCAGUGCUGAAUGGUCCCUUUAGAGAGUUAAAGCAUGACUGCAACAGGGGACUGCCUGUCAUGGACAACGAGGUGCCCCAGCCCAGACCUGGAGAGUGUCUCACCAACAACAUGAAACUCCAACAGUUUGGGUCCUCACUCUCCCUGCCUGACCGAGUGCUCACCUUCAUCAGAGACCACCCGCUCAUGGACAGGCCCGUGUUUCCAGCUGAUGGCCGCCCCCUGCUGGUCACUACAGAUACAGCCUAUCUCAGAGUUGUGGCCCACAGGGUGACCAGCCUCUCAGGGAAAGAAUAUGAUGUGCUCUUCCUGGGGACAGAGGAUGGACACAUCCACCGAGCUGUGCGCAUCGGAGCUCAGCUCAGCGUCCUGGAAGAUCUGGCCUUGUUCCCAGAGCCACAGCCGGUUGAGAGCAUGAAACUGUACCAUGGUUGGCUCCUGGUGGGCUCCCCUACCGAGGUAACACAAGUGAACACCAGCAACUGCGGCCGUCUCCAGAGCUGCUCCGAGUGUAUCCUGGCCCAGGACCCUGUGUGUGCCUGGAGCUUCCGGCUUGAUGCUUGUGUGGCCCAUGCAGGGGAGCACCGCGGGAUGGUCCAAGACAUAGAGUCAGCCGAUGUCUCGUCUUUGUGUCCGAAAGAGCCUGGAGAACACCCGGUAGUGUUUGAAGUUCCAGUGGCUACCAAGGGCCAUGUGGUCCUGCCAUGUUCCCCCAGCUCUGCCUGGGCAUCAUGUGUCUGGCACCAGCCCAGUGGAGUAACUGCACUCACCCCCCGAAGGGAUGGGCUAGAGGUUGUGGUGACCCCAGGGGCCAUGGGUGCUUAUGCCUGUGAGUGUCAGGAGGGUGGAGCGGCCCGUGUGGUAGCUGCUUACAGCUUGGUGUGGGGCAGCCAGCAGGGACCCUCAAACCGGGCCCACACAGUGGUAGGGGCUGGACUGGUUGGCUUUCUCCUGGGGGUUCUUGUGGCAUCCCUCACUCUCCUCCUGAUUGGUCGCCGUCAGCAGCGUCGGCGUCAGAGGGAACUUCUGGCUAGAGACAAAGUGGGCUUAGACCUGGGGGCCCCGGCUUCCGGAACUACAAGCUAUAGCCAAGACCCUCCCUCCCCUUCUCCUGAAGAUGAACGGCUGCCCCUGGCCCUGGCCAAGAGGGGCAGUGGUUUUGGUGGCUUCCCUCCACCCUUUCUGCUUGACUCUUGCUCGAGCCCUGCCCACAUCCGGCUCACAGGGGCUCCUCUAGCCACCUGUGAUGAGACAUCCAUCUAGGGCCAGGAAAAUGACUGCUAGUCCAUGAGCAGUCACCGGAACUAGCAGCUACCAAGACCAGGGUUAUUGGACCUGGGAGAGGAUCAUGGCUGCUCAGUUGUCUUGGAGUCUGUGUGAUCACCUGGACAUCAGUGUCUGUCCUCUAGACUCGGACGAACUGAGGGCCAGACCUUUGCCUGAGUCCUAUGAGAGACCGAUCCCUGUGACCCUUCUGCCAUGGCCUCCUAUCUUGGGCCCAUCAGUUGGGGAUGGAGCAAGGAUCUAUCUCAGACUUGCUUUCUGGUGGUUCCCAGAUAGAAGGAAGCACCACAGAGGUAGCUGGGGCUGGUGUGCACUGCAUCCUUGUGGUGGCUGUAUGAUUUUCCAGAUUGCUGACUCUGGGGAGUGCAUGAUCCCUUGACCGCCUUGAGGUCUCUCCCAUCUCAGUUUCCCGUUGUUCCUGGAAGAGUGUGUGUCUGUACACUGGUGUGCCUAGAAGGCCUGUCCACGUGUGCAUGAAUGGCAGGGCCAGUGCCUAGGUGCUUUUGGGGGGUGAGAGGGGAAGGUUGGAAUGGGGGACACUGCCCAUACAAUUUUACCCUCUGUAGCCAGUGAGGGAAACCACACCCCAAUCACCCCACAGAGCUUCUCUAACUUCGAGCAAAGUUCCCAAAGUGACCUUCUGGGUGGGAAGGGCAGCAGGACACGUGGCCCCCAUCCCUCUCCUUGUCUUUACCCUCUGGCUGCCACCACUGCCAUUGCCACUGCUGCACUUUCCCCAGCUAGAGUGGAGGCUGAGCCCUCUUUCCCUGGCUCCCAUUUAAAAUUAACUUCAUGACAUUCUAAGGACUGGGGGAUGAUGAAGGAAAUGUGUGUCGGGAUACACACAGGUUAAAGGUGGCUUUCACCCUUGCCCUAAGAUAGGAGUCCCCUGGCUGGGGUCCACGGACUCCCAGAAAUGGUAUGCAAAGUGUUUGUCCAUGUGUGUCUGUUUUUUGGAGUAAAAUGGCUUUCAUCAGAGCUUAAGGCCUUAAUGAGGUAAAAAGAUGAGUGCCCAUAGUCGCCACAUGGGCUGUGUGCUGGAGGUGCUGCUCCGUGGCAGCUCCUCCCUGCCCCGCUGCCUGUAGCAGCUCCUCCCUGCCCUGCUGCCUGUGGUCAGUCCCUGGACACGUUGCUGCUGGAGAUCCGACAUCUCUCCGGUCAUCGGAAGCUAGGCUCUGCACGGCUUGAAGACACCGUCACCUUGUUUCUUGCUUGUACUCCCAGUGUGCUCUGCUUCUGCUCAGUCCCGGUCUUGGCCUGUGAAUGUGACUCAUCAAUCCCUGGUAAGGGACCUCAGACUCCAGUGGUGACACAGUCCUUUCCAGAUAACAUUUUCUGCUCCACCUUCCUUGACAGCAGCCUGUGAACUACUCAAGAGUCCCCUAGGUUUGGAGUUAGCAGUGGGUUUGUGUGGGAUCUGUGGCACGUACUUUAAUGUAGGGAUUGGAUUAUUCAUCUGUAAAGUGGGGAUAUACCUACCUCAGGGAUGCUGCAAGGAGCAAA